AUGGCGCCGUUUAUUAGCACUGAACACCCACGUCGGACAUUCUCGUUCCAGGGUAAACUUCCAAGGCUUCCAAUUCCACCGCUUGAGGAUACGUGUAGGAGGUAUUUGAAGGCUCUGGAGGCGCUCCAGGAUGAGAAGGAGCAUGAGUUGACCGCAGCUGCUGUCAAGGAGUUCUUGGAGAAGGAUGGCCCGGAAAUUCAGAAGCGUUUGCGGGAUUGGGCGAAGGAUAAGGACAGUUAUAUUGAAGAGUUCUGGUAUGAGUCAUACCUAUCGCAUAGCGAUCCAGUUGUUCUGGCGCUGAAUCCCUUCUUCGUUCUUGAGAAUGACCCUACGCCGGAUCGGGGCACCCAACUUCCUAGGGCAGCUUCCCUUAUCGUAUCUUCCCUAGGAUUCAUCCACGAUUUACGUGCUGGCCUUCUUGAACCUGACACUGUUCGCGGAAUACCACUUGACAUGGAUCAAUAUUCCCGAUUAUUUGGAACAUCUAGGAUACCCACAGAUAGAGGGUGCAAAAUGGAAGUUCAUGCUGAGUCGAGACAUAUCGUCGUUCUUAGGCGGGGACAGUUCUACUGGUUUGACGUCCUUGACGACCACAACCUCCCUGUUCUAACCGAACGUGAAAUUUUGCGCAACUUGCACGGCAUCGUCACAGACGCAGACGUGACAGACCGAUCCGAGGUCGCUCGGGGUUCGAUCGGCGUCUUGUCAACUGAGAAUCGCAAGAUUUGGUCGGGUCUCCGCGUCAUGCUGGGCAAGGACAGAAACAACAAAGCAUGCCUUGAUAUUGUGGACAACGCGCUGUUUAUCGUGUGCUUGGACGACACUGCUCCGGAGAACUUGGCCGACUUGUGCAGCAACUUUUUGUGUGGGACUUAUAGUCUGCAGGAAGGAGAACAAGUGGGGACGUGUACUAACCGAUGGUAUGACAAGCUUCAAAUCAUUGUAUGUGCGGAUGGUGCAGCCGGAAUCAAUUUUGAACAUACAGGUGUAGACGGACACACCGUCCUGAGAUUCGCUGCAGACAUAUUCACGGAAGGACUCAUGCUCCUCGCACGCUCCAUCAACCCUUCAGCACCAACACUCUUCCAUGCGAAGCUCUCACCUCAUGCAAAGGCUUACAAAGCUCCACGCGGUUCCCAGAGCAACCCCGUCGACCGUAUCGACACCACGCCUAAGAAGCUUGAAUGGAGGCUUUCACCCGAAUUGCGUGCAGGGGUUCGGUUCGCUGAAACCAGGAUCAGCGACCUUAUUUGCCAGAACGACUGUCAGGCACUGGAGUUCAAGGGGUACGGGAAGAACUUUAUCACGAGCCACGGGUUCAGUCCCGAUGCGUUUGUGCAGAUGGCAUUUCAAGCGGCGUACUUCGGUCUCUAUGGGCGAAUUGAGUGUGUUUACGAGCCUGCGAUGACCAAAGCGUUCUUGCAUGGGCGCACGGAGGCAAUCAGGUCGGUUCAACCUGAGAGUGUUGAGUUCACGAAGAUAUUCUAUUCUGAAGCGGAACCCGCGCAGAAGGUCUCUUCCCUCAAGAAGGCUUGCGAAAACCACGUUAGACUUACGAGAGAGUGUAGUCAGGGGCUGGGGCAGGAUAGGCACCUUUACGCAUUGUACUGCCUCCUACAACGUCAGCUGGCUGGCAACCUCAAUCCAUCUCCAGACGAUCCUGCUCCAUGGCCUCCGAGCCAAAAGAUGCCCGCCAUAUUCACCGACCCUGGCUGGGCUCUCCUCAGCACGUCGAUUAUUUCCACUUCAAACUGUGGAAACCCUGCAUUGAGGUUGUUUGGGUUCGGUCCUGUCUCCGGCAAUGGCUACGGUAUAGGGUAUAUCAUCAAAGAAGAUGGAAUCUCUGUGUGUGCAUCCUCGAAGCACCUGCAGACACGCCGCUUUUUGAAUACGCUCCAAGGAUACCUGUAUGAUAUCCAGCGAAUACUUAUCCAGCUGCACCGGUCGGCGAAUGAAAACCCAGCACCGUUCGUUGACCAUUUGGGUAUUUUGAGGGACUCGAAGACAGGGCGACCUAUCAAUGGUGUAGACCUUUCUUCUGAUGAAGAUGAUGUGGCUUUGCCUGGGUAUUCAUUCUUUGACAGUGGGGACAUUGAAAGACUGGGGCGUAAGAAACCAUCGCCGUUCUCUGACAUCGGGAAAGUCAUACCUCUUGCGGAAUAUUGAGGGAUGUGUUAUGAUAUGCAGUUCAUGCUUCUCAUUCAUCUGUUGUAUGUAUAGUAGAAUGUAUACCUAUGUGUAACUCAUUAUUCGCCUGUAAUCCUCAUCUGAAACAUUAUUUGAACCUACAGAAAUUUACACACAUAUAGUCCAGAAAAGCGCCUAGGGUCAAAACAUUCUCAAAUUCCAAUCGAAUACAAGCGCUGCUGAAGAGGCUGUUGACGACUGUCUGAUCAGAAAGUGCUCUCCUGUGAUAAAUUCAGAAAAAUCGGGUUUAUAACCGUAGUCCAGUCCGCCGACCCGAAAGUCCUUUGAGCCUGUUAAAAGUUGACGGAGACGAAUCUCUGCCACACGUCCCCAACGAAAGAGAUUCCCCUUUAUCGACGACUGCCUGGGGCGACAAAGCAUGAAAAGUAAGUCAAGUUUACUGAUUACUUGGAUAGAAGGACGUGUUUCGUUUUCCCAGAUUGUGCUCUGGUUCGAGUGAAAGGUAAAAGUCUGCGGCGGAG